UCACGGCGGGAAAAGUGUAAAGUGGAGUGCGAAUUGGCGGGAACAAAUCGGAGGCCCAAACAUUCGCAUAUAAAUCCAGUCCCCUACUCUUACCUACAGGAUCCUCCAAUUUCAAAUUCCGAAACCUCUUAUGGGAAAGAGAAAGAGAGCUAGGGUUUCUGAGCAAAAGCAAGCACCAGAAGCCGGAGAAGACGAACAGCCAAUGGACGAAGAUCACAACGCCUCCUCUUCAAGUAACAACAAGACUCUCUACGAGGUUCUUGGUGUGGAGAGAAGCGCCUCUCAGCAGGAAAUCAAGAAGGCGUAUUAUAAGUUAGCAUUGCGACUCCAUCCGGAUAAAAAUCCUGAUGAUGAGGAAGCUAAAGAGAAAUUUCAGCAAUUACAAAAAGUGAUCUCGAUUCUCGGGGAUGAGGAGAAACGAGCACUGUAUGACCAGACUGGUUGCGUUGACGAUGAUGACCUUGCUGGUGAUGUUGCUCAGAAUUUGCACGAAUAUUUCCGAGCCAUGUAUAAGAAGGUCACUGAAGCUGACAUUGAAGAGUUUGAAGCAAACUAUAGGGGAUCUGAUUCUGAGAAGAAAGAUUUGAUUGAGCUCUACAGCAAGUACAAGGGCAAUAUGAACAGACUCUUCUGUUCAAUGCUUUGUUCAGAUCCUAAGCUUGAUUCACACCGCUUUAAGGACAUUCUUGAUGAGGCAAUAGCUUCAGGAGAACUGAAAUCAACCAAAGCCUACACAAAAUGGGCAAAGAAAGUAUCUGAAACAAAACCUCCUACUAGUCCUUUAAAGAGGAAGAGCAAGUCAAGUAAACAGUCAGAACCAGAUCUGUAUGCCAUCAUAUCUCAGCGUAGGAAUGAAAGGAAAGACCAGUUUGAGUCUAUGUUCUCUAACCUAGUCUCUAAGUAUGGCGGGAGUAAUGAUGCUUCAGAACCCACAGAAGAAGAAUUUGAGGCUACACAGAAAAAGCUUGAAAGCAAAAGGUCCUCCAGAAAAUCAAAGCGCAAGUAAAUUGAUGACGUGCUCGAAUUUCUGUCUAUCAAAACUUUAGCGUGUUUUGUUAGACAUUUAAAUCUGUGCCUUUUUGUAUGUGAGCUUUCCAUAUGUUGAUAGUUUUAGAUGUUGCCUGAUGCUGUAUUCGGAAGUAUGCAAAUGGGAAAACUCGCUGAAAGAAAUCUACUUGCCCUCUUUCUCUC